UUCAGUGGAUGUCUGUUUGGCUCACCAAGGAAGUUGUCUUGCAAACGGGAAUCAUAUCAUCAAUCAACAUCAAUUUUCAUAAUCAUAAACACUCAUUUUAUUUUCUAAGGGAACCAGUUCUAACCUCUUUGAUAAAUGGAAUUUUUACUCAUCCCAAAAUUGCAUGAAAGUGAACUGAGGGUGGAGAGGCGUAACAUCCAUCUACAAUUGCAGAACUAUGAAGGCCCUGUUGUCAAAAAGUCACCAGCCAAGGAAGAGGUGUUUCAUUGGUGGGGGGAGUGGUCAAGCUGGUCAUCUUGUUCAAGGAGCUGUGGAGGAGGGGUGAGGAGCAAGGAGAGGCACUGUCUUAUUCAGAGGUUUUCUACCACCGAGAGUAUAAACAACUCAUAUUGCAUCGGCUCUCCUAAACAGUACCAGCUCUGCCCAAACCAGCCUUGUCCCAGCUCAAGCCUUAGCUUCAAACAGCACCAGUGUUCACAGUUCAACUCUAAAGCAUUUGGAAGAAAUUAUUAUGAGUGGAUUCCUUUGUACCCAGCCGAUUACAUCAGUAUUUCCAAUAAACCAUGUGACCUACAGUGCACGACCGUCAGUGGGGAGAGGCAAUUGUUAGUUCCUGCUCAUGACGGCACCUUUUGCCGUGACACAAAAUAUCAUGGCAUCUGCAUAGAGGGUACAUGCCAGCCAGUGGGAUGUGACGGGCAGCUGUAUAGCACAAAGAGUGUGGACCGGUGUGGUGUUUGCGGAGGAAAUGGGACUUCAUGCCAGCGAAUUUCAGGCUCGUACAGGAAGGCACUCACACAGUUAGGUUAUUUGUUCAUCAUCAACAUACCAGCUGGAGCCACCGAUAUUCAAGUCAUUGAGCGACACAAGACUGAGAACAUCCUGGGUGAGAACCUCCAUCUUUUUUCAGCCUUAUCAGAUGAAGAAGGAAACUUUAUCUUCAAUGGAAACACAGUGUUUGACCAUCCUCAGAACUUUAAAGUGGCAGGAACAAUAAUUAAGUACCGCCGCCCUGGAAAUGUUUUUGCUGAUGGACUGGAAUACAUCAUUGCCCCGGGACCCACUCUGCAGGGACUUAAUGUCAUGUACUACAACAUUAAUGGGAAGCUCCCACACAUCACCUAUGAGUACACCAUUCCUCUCCAGCCUCAUCCUGCCACCGCAGUUGAAGACAUCACCUUGGGCCCUCUCCUCACCUUACUAAACUACACCUAUGAAAAUGUUAACAACAGCAGAGGGAUGGCAAACGCCCAUCCCUAUGAGACAGACCCCCAGCAGAAGAAAGAUGAGCAAGUGGUGUGGGAUGGUCUGACACCAAGUCCGCACCCUCCUGCUGCCAUGGUGAUGUACAGACCAGUUGAUACCACCAGGCAGGUUCUUAACAAUAAUGUGGAAGGAGGAGCUCCAGGGCCACCUAGCUACUUUCCCAAGGAGGCUUCCUCCAACUUGAUCGAUGACCCUUCAGCUACUGGUGACAACACAUUGGUUCCUUCUUUUCCGGGUAGUCAGAGUGUUCAUUCUGUUGUGCUGCCUGAGGCGACACCAUUUCUUCUCCUGGAGAAACAUCAUUUCAAUAAAACACACUCCCACACUAAGCCAAACGUGCAGUCAGUUCAACGUACAGUGAUUGAGCCAAGUGCUUUAUCACAUGCUCCGAACACUGACUCAGAGCUGGAGCCACCAACAAAAAUACUUUCUCUUACUGAAACAAGAGACAACAGCUCAGAUUCCCAAACACCCAAGUUGGUGCAUAUGCAGCAGGCGGUCGCUGUGCUUGCUGCCAGCACUGAAAGCAAUGACUUUGAUGUGGGUCUAGUUGCGGACAUCAGUCUCGCAGACAUGUACCGCUGGAAGGUGUCUGCCUAUGCUCCCUGCAGCUCAACCUGUACCACAGGUAUAAGCACCAGCUAUGCCCUGUGUAUACGUUAUGAUGGGAGUGAAGUUGAUGACAGUUACUGCGACUCUCUGACUAGACCUGAGCCCACACAUGAAUUCUGCACUGGAAAGGAAUGUCCUCCAAGGUGGGAGACGAGCGGGUGGAGUGAGUGCUCUCGAACUUGUGGAGAAGGGUUUCAGUAUCGGACUGUGCGAUGCUGGAAGAUGCUGUCACCAGGCCUCGACUCUUCAGUCUAUGAUUCCUUGUGUUUGUCACAUGACCUUCACAAGCCAGCAAAUCGUAAGGUUUGCUUUGGCCAGAGCUGCGGACCUCAGUGGGAGGUGUCAGAGUGGUCAGAGUGUUCUGCUCCUUGUGGUUCUCGAGGGCUUCGCUCCCGGGAGGUUCGAUGCUCAAUGGAGAUGAAAUUGUGUAACGAUUCGUCUCAGCCAAUGAAGAGUCAAGAAUGUGAAGGCCCUCCAUGUGACCGGAGGUGGACUGUGGCUGAUUGGGGACCUUGCUCAGGUGUUUGUGGAGAAGGAAGGAUGGUGCGAGGUGUCACAUGUCGGUCAUCUACCGGGGUUGUGAUGUCAGAAGAGCAGUGUCCUCCUUUCCUACGACCCCUGGCCAUCUACCCUUGUGGUGACAGAGACUGCGCUCCCCACUGGGUGGAACAGGAGUGGCAACAGUGCAAUGCCACAUGCGGUCGUGGGGUGAAGAACCGUCAAGUGGUGUGUGCCGGCCUGGAGGGCGGUGUGUUCAAAGAGUUUCCUGAGAGCAGCUGUGGUCAUAGGAGCAAACCAGAGACCAGCUCCUCAUGUUUCCAGAGACCCUGCUCUAAGUGGUUCACCACCUCCUGGUCUCAGUGCAGUAAGACCUGUGGGAGCGGUGUCCAGGUCCGGGAAGUGAAAUGUUAUCAAGGGGAGGAGAUUGUUACUCGGGGACACAGCUGUGACUCUUCCCUCAAGCCAGACGCCAAACAGAAGUGUGAUAUUCAGAGUUGUCCCACCGACUCAACAGUUAAUUCAGAACCAGAACCAGCACGGGCGCCGUCUCCCUCAGGAGACAGCUCCUGCAAUGAUAAGCCGACAGCCAACUGUGCCUUGGUGUUGAAGGUGAAGCUGUGUACUCAUUGGUACUACAGGAAGGCCUGCUGCCAGUCCUGCAACGCACCCCGGCCCUAAACAUCCUUCAGCCACAGACCUUAGAGCUCACUCCACACAUAUAAUGGUGCUACAGAAACCUAUGCUGCUAGCAAUGUACGACCUGAAGACAUCAACCUUAUUACUGUUAGCCUCACACUGAUGUCAAAGGUUCGCUUGUGGUCACCUGUCAUUGUACUUUUUUGUUGUCACUCAUGGAAAUGAUCUUGAAUGUUGCUUUUUUUAUGUUACGAUUUGAAUACAGUUGCUUAUAUUUGGUCCUGACUUGAAUGAAUAUGAAUCUACUUUUUAUGUAUUUCUGUGAUAAUGUGCAUUAAAAUGACAUGAACUCUCUGAUAAACGAAUGAGUUGAAUAAAAACUAUCUCAGUGGAAACUGAGAUGACU